AUGUUGCUUGUUUUAUUCAUCAACACCUGGCCCGUGGUUAAAUAUUCGAAAUAUAUUGGUUCUUUUAUGGAUGGGAAAGAAACGAUUGAAGCUGUGGACGACAUUAUUUUGGUGGAGUCCGAUAAUGAGAAUGUUACGGACAAUAUGAAAUUACAGGGUGAUGUAAUUUUAGACGGAGAUGGUGCGAUUGUGCCUGAGGAUGAUAAUGGAGUUUUAAGAUAUGUUACAUUUGUUUGUAGCCGAGAAGGGAAAAGAUUUAGUAAUACAAGUGGUUCUUUGAAGCCACAAGCAACCAUUCAGAGUGGAUGCAAGGCCAGGUUGACUGCAUGUUCAGAUAUGUGUGGGAUUUGGAGAAUUAAUACAGUACAUCUCGACCACAACCAUAAAAUUAGUCCUUCAAAAUCUAGGCUAUAUAGAUGCAAUAGAGAAUUGAGUGCUCAUGUUAAACGACGACUUGAAGUAAAUGAUAUGGCAGGAAUUCCAUUGCACAAAAGUUACAACUCUACAGUUGUUGAAGCAGGAGGAUAUGAGAAUAUGACUUGUGUGGAAAAGGAUUGUCGAAACUAUGUUGAAAAGGCAAGGCGAUUAAGACUUGGAAAAGGAGACGCAACGGCAAUACAAUCAUACUUCUCGAAUAUGCAAUUACAGGGCUCAGGAUUUUACUUUAAUAUAGAUCUAGACGAAGAAUAUCGGUUGAAGAAUAUUUUUUGGGCAGAUAAUAGGAGUAGGCAAGCAUAUAAGGAGUUUGGUGAUAUUGUUACCUUUGACACUACAUAUCUUACUAAUAAAUAUGACAUGCCUUUUGCUCCUUUUGUUAGGGACAUGGUUGAGUGCAUGCACGGUCAAGCUCCAAAUGGGAUAAUUACUGAUCAAGACAGGGUAAUACAAAAUGCAAUUCAGAUAGUAUUUCUCAAUACGAAACAUAGAUGGUGUCUGUGGCACAUAUUGAAAAAGUUGCCAGAAAAGUUUGGAUACCACGAGGACAAAGAUUCGAUUUUUUCUACUAUACACGGAUUGGUGUAUGAUUCUCAAGUUGUUGAAGAAUUUGAACAGGGUUGGAGAGUGAUGAUUGAAUCAUAUAAUUUGCAUGAUAAUGAAUGGUUGUCUGGAUUGUACGAGAAUAGAGAUCGUUGGGUUCCUUGCUACCUGAAGACUACUUUUUGGGCGAGCAUGUCAACAACUCAAAGAAGUGAGAGUAUGAAUGCAUUUUUUGAUGGGUAUGUACAUUCAAAAACCUCAUUGAAGCAAUUUGUUGAACAAGAUGAACGAGCAUUGAGAAGUAAGGUCGAGAAAGAGUUUCAAGCAGAUUUCAAGUCUUUCUCGCAAAUGGUACCAUGUGCAACGAGAUGGCGGAGAGACGUGAGUAGGGCCUAUACAAGGGUCGCAGUGAACUACAAUGAGUUGGUUAGUACUCCUGAACAGUUGAGGUAUGAUAAAAUGUGUCAAUCAUUUGCCUCAUUGGCAAACAUGGUUGCGGAUGAUGAAGUCGAGUCUGGUGCUAUAGUGGAGUGGAUCGAAGAUCAGUGUAAAAAGCGAUUGAUGUCGAGUAAUGUCCUAUCCCCGCAUAUUACUCUAAUAGCUUCUGAGUGUGGAACAUCACAGGGGAGUGGUAACAGCAACAUACGGGAUCCUGUAUGUGCGAAUCGAAAGGGCGCGCCUAAGAAAUUGCGUAAUAAGAGCGCAUUGGAAUCGAUUUCAAAUAAAGGGAAGGGUGGUUCGAAAUCAAUGAAAGAAAAGAGGGCAAAGGCACGGCCCAGUAAUCUGAGGGACACUGAACCCAUCAUUCAUGCAACUCAACAAUCACAACAUUCCAUGCCGAUACCGUUAUUGUAUUCUCAACUCCUAACCGGAUUUGCAAAAUCUGUGUAUAGCUUAGGCAGUAUUAUGAGGCGUGUUCCUCACACAAUUGAGGGGAUGCCUACAAAAACUGCAUGA